AUUGUACCGAUUGCGCUUGUUGUGCCGACAUCCCAUUCAACCAAUCGCGGGAAUGUAACCAUUUACUGCUGAGCAAUUACAACACCUGCGACUGGAAUGGCUAAGGAGUGUUGACUUUAUUCAAGCUGUAGGAGACGGAGAGACAUAUGGAGGCAGAAGAAGUGUCAAUUUUGGUAUUGAGUGGAAGAGGGUUGCAAAGAAGGAAAAAGGGCAGGGCCAAGUAUUCAGUGAUAUUUGGCAUAGGGCAGAGUAAGUUCAGGACCCAGGUUGUCAGUGAUCCUCUAGGUAACCCAGAGUGGAAUGAGGAGUGCAUCAUCCCUGUACAAGGCAAGGAUAAGCUGACAUUACUAGUGACAGACAAGGAUGAGGUCCUGGGACAAGUGACAGUUCUUAUUAGCAGUCUUCCACCAGAGUCUGGGAAACGUCCAGUGGCUGUCCGUCUCCAGGCCCAUAAAAAAGCCCAAGACCCACAGGGUGAAUUGCUUUACCAGAGCUGUGUUGUCAAGUAUGGGUCGUGUAACGCCACAGUCAACAAACCAGAUGGACAGACCACUAAAGGUGGGGGAUCAUUUAAAAAGCUAAAGCAGACUUUAAAAAUGUCUCCACACAAGAGGUCAAAGACUGAAGGAAAUAUCGUGCCUCCAUCCUUGGAAGAAAAAUCAAACUUAGGAAGACUAAAGAAACUUGCUUCCAAAUCCAUGUUGGAUAUAGCCUCACUGUUUAUUUCUAAUGACGAGAAACAACUGGAAGAGGAAAAUACAGGACUGCACAAAACAGCAAGUAUCCCCGAUCUGUCUCGUAGAAACAGUAAUCCACAGUUACUCUCUGCUGUGGAAAUGGAAGACAUAGACUUAGAUUCACAGCCUCACGACGAGCCUCAAAUUAUCAGUAUUUCUCCCACUGAAGGUUCAGUGAAAGGGGGCACAAAAAUAACACUGGAAGGAAUUAACCUGGGAAAGAACUUGGAUGAUAUCGCAGAAUUGAGGGUGUGUGAGGCAGACUGUUUGAUGAAUGUUGAGUAUGAGUCUCCAUCUAAGAUUUUUUGCACAACCAAGCCUUGGUACGCAAGAGAGGGAAAAGUAUACCUUGUGACCAGUUCGGGGGGGUACACUGAAGCCCCACAAAGUUUCAAGUUUUGCGAAGUCAAAGAAAUUCCGCCUAAAGAAGAAGAGAAGUUAAAUACCACUGACCAGAAACAACAUCUCUAUGAGCAAAGACAGCAGAAAAAGCCAAGGCCUGAAAAACCAGCAAGAAAGAAUAUUAAGCGUACUUCAACUGCCAGUCUUAAUGCCAUGAAUGAAAACCACAGAGACCCUGAUUCUAUCAACAGCCAGACAGUCCUGACAGAAAUUUCCAAAGAUGACCUCGUAGUUAAAGUCCUCAGUCUGCAGCAAGAAAAUCAAGCUUUGAAAGAAGAGAACAGAAAUAUGAAGAAUUACAUUGACAGACUCGUGGCCAGAGUGAUUAUAGAGUGUCCGCAGGCCUUGCAGCUAGCUGGGAGUAUGCAGUAGUUGUGGAAUUCUUAUAUCAUCAGACAUUUCUUUUUUAAAGUGCCUUUGCAGAAUUCCUUGAUAGAAUUACGUGCAAGGGUAACAGGUUGGAAUUUUUACUGUUAUGUAAUAUUAUAACUGAAAAUUUAUGUCUUGUUGGACAUUUAUUAAGGGGAGCAAUCUCAAACUGGAAGUUUUUAGCCUUAACAAGGUCUUGUUAAUAUUUUUAACUGUUCUACUUAGUGGUCAUACCAAGUAUAUGCUAGUACUGUCUCAUGAUAUUACCAUGUAGGUGUUUUAUUACAUAAAAAGUCUCCAUAUAUUACAUGCAUGACACCUUAUAUUACUAUAAACACCCCCAGAUACAGUGCAGGACACCUUAUGUUACCAUGCAGGGUACUCUAUAGUUUUAUUACAGUGCAAAAAAUGUAUUCUCUCCAUCUCUUACACUAACGAUAUGGUGAUAUGCUGUCAAUCCCUGUUCAUUUUUUGUUUUGACUUGUUAUUUCAAGUUUUAUGGGGAGUUAGAAAGGAUCUCCAACUAUUUAUUUGAUAUUAUGUCAGUCACAUUUGAUUGUUAUGAGCAAAGAUCACCUUAUUAUGCGUGUCUGUUGUCUGAGAUGAUGUGGUACAAAAAUUGAUUCUGUGGAAGUGUGAUGCUAUUGUUAGCAUGUAAUAGUUAUAAGAUUGUUUUGUUUUUAAAUCAAAAGUUUCAAGUGCAUUAUAGAUGCCUUAAGCACUGGCGCAUGUUCUAUGCAUUUAAUAUGUACACCAGGUUGUGACUUAAAUGCUUUCUUUAUAAAGCAGCCUCUGUUAUGCAUGGUGAAAGUUACAGUGAUAACUAUAUUUUAUACAUGUGAGUAUUUACAGUAUUGUAUCAAUGGUAAUAUGGUGUUCCGUGGGUGUAAGUCUUGUAAUCUGAUGGUAUAUAUUUAUCCAAGACAUUUGGAUACAUUUAUAUAAGCAGUAUUGUUAUAUUUCACAAUGCAAAUACAAGAAAACAUGUAUUGGGAGUGCUAAUAACCUACUGCCAGUAUUUUGUGACUUUAAUCAAAGUGUAAUAACAUGGUUCAUAGCCUAUUAUGUGUGGUAAAUGGACAAUGAUAGGAACCAAAUGGCCUUAUAUUAGUGGUAGAAUAUAGAUAAAGUGCCGUGUACAAUGCACAUGGAAUGUGAUACUUGAUAUAUUAUAUGGGAGUAUAGUUGUCAGAUGGUUCAGACACUACUACUACUCUACAGUUGGCCUAAGUAGGCUCACUAUUGAGCACAACCAAGUUGUUGUGAUGAGCAGUUAAAAUUGACUAGACUUUACACUAACAGGAUGCAAUUAACAUAACUUACCUCAUGUAGCUCAUUAUAUUUAGAAUGUAAAAAUAAAGGUUUACAUAUUUUCAUUA